AUGACCCUUGUACGCUGGCCCAUGCCGCAGCCCGAUCCAGCCGCCGCCUCAUGGUCCAACGAUAAAACUUUCUCCGAUACUGCUGUUUCCGCCGUAGCUCCAGCUGGCUAUUCGCAGCAGAUCACCGAUGCUCAUAUAUGGACAGCAGGUGAUGGGUUCCUCGGAGUGGCUGUGCUUGAAGAGUAUGAUGCUUCCAUCGGUGCUCUCCUCUGCGACUCCCUGGAAGCAUGUUCAUCGUUUCAGAUAUACUUUGAGAAAGAGGAGGGUUCUGAGGUUGUCAUCAAGGUUGCUUUCUGGGCCGGUGCUUUUGCUGCUCCCGAUUCAGCCAGUGCAAACGCUCUCAUCGCAGGUCUGAAUGGAUAUACGAACACCACCUUGAGUACUCCAGAUGGGUUCGAUGUUCCCUCGUACGUGGGCAACCAAGCCAUUCGACCACCUUCAGGGUCCAAUUAUUUCCUCGAUUCCAAAAUCUUCCAUGGUCCCUUUGACACGGCUUCUUGCUCGAAGGAAUGUGAAAUCUUAGGAUGCAACUUCUUCAAUACUUAUAUUGUCUUGAAGAAUGGCGUGAACCAAGGUCAAUAUUGUGAUGUUUACAGUGAUGCCAUCGGCCAUGAAUGGGCUACAGAGUCCGGGAGCACAGUUGGAAAAACCAAUUGGACAAUCUCUCACAGCUUCACAUGCACGUGGGCUGGUGAAAAACGUGGCCAAGACCCGAGCAGCAGUUCUGCAUCUGCUUCAACAACCAUGGGUGUCCAAGGUGCGGGUGACAAAGGCUCAUGGGAACACCAUCAUCCUUGGCAUGGAAGUGGUCCGAGGAUCAGCACCUCCAUCAUCGGAUCGUCAACAUCGUCAACUACCUCGAAGAGUUCGAGCUCGAUUCAUGUUAGUGAGACGACAACAAAAACGAGAUGGGGAACCGGAGCUUCCACUCAACCUGUUCAUGAAACUUCAUCGACAAAACCUCAAAGUUCAAGCUCUUCAUUGAUCGAUCCCAUUGGUCAUGGCUCAACCAGUUCGUUAAGCUCUGAGGCUGUUACACGUUCAACACCUGGUCAUUCAUGGCUACAUGACAUGACAAUCGCUCUCUCAUCGGUUGAUCCAGCCACAACUUCGAGCACAACCCCCUUCGUCAUUUCCACCACUUCCUCGUUGGCGGCAACGACAAGCGGCCACGCGGUCAACCCCACGUACAAUGGAUCUCACACUUGGAACGGCACUUUGCCCAACGUUACGCAUUGGUAUGAUUGGCUGUACAAUCAGUCGACAAGCGCAUUGACCACCACCACGACUUCCACCUUGCCCGUUGAUCCGGCAACUACAACAACUUCGAGUACUUCGACAACAAGUAUUGCUUACCCAUCAGAUUUUCCCUACAAUGCAGGUCACCCGUGGAACGGAACAUUGCCGAAUGGUACUCAUUGGUUUGACUGGCUCUACAACAGCUCUUCGAGCUCUGUAACCUCAACCACCACCUCGACUUUGGAUGUUGAUCCGGAAACUACCACGACGUCUUCUAGUGCUUCUUCGACUACAACAGCUACACAUCCGCCAGCACCUCCCUUUAAUGGAACACAUCUAUGGAAUGGGACACUACCGAACGGCACUCAUUGGUACGACUGGCUGUACAAUGAAACAACGAGCGCCUUGAUCACAACUAAAACCACGACCUCGACAUUGAUAGUCGAUCCUUUGACUACUACGACGUCUAGCCAAGCUUACAUUAUAACGAGCAGUGUGUAUCCCACCGUCUCGUUCAAUGGGUCGUUGUGGAACGGCACACACUGGUACGACUGGAUUUUCAACGAGACAACCAGUUCGCUGACCACGACCACCACUUCAACGUUGUUCAUAGAUCCUGAGACAACCACCACGACCAGUGCUUAUUUGACUACAGUUACGUAUCCAGCCACAAACCCCUGGAAUGGUACGUUGUGGAACGGGACUCACUGGAAUGGAACUCUACCUAACGGCACACACUGGUAUGACUGGCUUUACAAUGAGACGUCACCUUUGAGUACAACUACAUCGACCUUGUUUGUUGACCCAGCCACUACUACCACAAGUGAUUAUGCAACUUCUACGACUGCUUACUCAGGGUACCCCUUCAAUGGGACCUUUUCAAAUCAUACUCACUGGACUGAUUGGAAUGUGACAAAUGGAACUCACUGGCAAGACUGGCUUUAUAAUGACACAACAAGCUCCUCAGUCAGUACAACUACAUCUACACUGUUUGUAGAUCCCACUUCUCUUACCACAAGCACUACCACGUAUGCAUAUAUCACGACCACUAGUGCAUAUCCCAGUGGCAUCCCAUACAAUGGUUCUUUUCCUAACGGAACUCACUGGACUGACUGGAAUGUAACAUUACCCAACGGGACUCACUGGCAAGAUUGGGUUCACAACGACACGGCAAGCUCCUCGAUCAGUACAACUACAUCUCCGUUGUUUGUGGACCCCGUUACCACCACCACCACCACUACGAGCGCCCACGUUACAACCAGUGCCGUGUAUCCAUAUCCAACAGGCUUCAAUGGAACUUUUCCUAACAAUACACAUUGGACAGACUGGAACAUCACGCUCCCCUUCAACGGUACUUUACCAAACGGCACUCACUGGUAUGAUUGGAUCUAUAAUUCAACCACCACGAGUGAGACUGCUACAACAACUAUCACUUCUUUACUCGUGGAUCCAACUGAGACAAGCACUACUUCACUCUAUGUAACCACCAGUGCUUAUUCCACGUAUCCUUCUUAUAAUGGCUCUUUUCCCAAUGGAACGCACUGGACAGAUUGGAAUAUCACGCUUCCGGGAAACAGCACUCACUAUUGGCCAUACAAUGAAACUACAACCAGCGCUGCAGUUGUAGAAACGACUACUACCAGCACCGUAUCUCUGACUACCACCACCACCAUGAGUUCCGCCGAUCCAACAACUACCGGUCCAGCCUACAAUGCGCAUGGCAACACUUCGUUCCCAUCAUUCCCCUAUAAUGGCACCCAAGGCAAUUCUUCAUUUCCAUCGUUCCCACACAACGGCACUCAAGGCAACUCGUCUUUCCCUUCAUUCCCAUCUAGCAAUGCUUCUUAUCCAAGCAGUAAUUCCUCGUGGGCCGAAAAUGGUUGUGACCCCACACCGCCAUCUCAAAUCUUGAAGAAUCCUUCAUUCGAGUGCUCUUUAGGUGGCUGGGCCAUAGUUGAAGGAGAUAUCGUGUGGGGAGGAAUGGCAGCUCCAACGAUAAAGAGAAAGAUGAAGAAGCGUGAUACUACGUCUCCAGAUCUUGCUUCAGACGGCAAGGGAUUUGCUCGUCUGCAUCCAAGUUCAUCGUCUGAUAUUGCUACACUUUCACAGACUCUCUAUACAGCUGCAGCAAACGGAAGCUAUUGGUAUUCAUUUGAUUACAGAGUCCCAGCGUCUGGAGACACCCCAGCCGAAUGUUCAUUGACUGUGUCUGACGAUGAAGGUGUGCUGCAAGUUGUGUCCGGACUUGACUCCGCGACCGAGUGGACUAAAACUGGAAACGAAUUCAAGAUCAAGGAAUUUACAUCGACAUUCUCCUGGGCAUUCAGCUGCAACGGUGCUGAAACCGAGUCACCUAUUCUGGAUCUUGACAAUUUUCGUCUAGGGGGUAGCAACGGGACAUGGGCGUUCUCCAAUGGCACAUUCGCAGGGCCUCCCUCAAACAUUACCUUUGGCGGGCCACCUGCGAACGGUAACUUCUCGUUCCCUCCAGCCAACCUGACCUACCCUGUCGUCGCCCCUCCUACAUAUAACUUGACUGCCCCUGCUGUUGCUCAGCCGCCUCAAAACGAGACGAUUCCUUCGGAUGAAGGCAACGACGACUCCACAACUUCCACCGGCACCUCCACGAAGCAGACUACCACAGGUGAUGAGACUGUAGAACCGACCGAGAACGAUGCACCAGCCCCAGAAUCAGGCGAUGCUCCCACUAACGGGACGACAACAAUCCCACCACCUACUCGCAGAAGAUUUAGACCGCGGCACCGGAAUGCCAGGCUGUGA